AACUUACGUAGACGAUCACUCUCCCUCCACCCUCUUUACUCCCCUUCUCUCCAAAAGUCUCCCUAUAUAACCUCUCCUCUCCUCCCAUCCACACCCCCCAAACUAGACACCUUCCUCCUCCUUCAAUCUCCCCUUCUUGGAAGGGGAAGGAUUGUGUGUGUGCGUGUUGGGGGGGGGGGUGUCAGAGAAAGAGAAGGCGUAGGAAAGAAGAGGAGAGAGAGAGAGAAAACGAGAGAGAGAGAGAGAGAGAGAGAACGAGAGAGAGAGAGAACGAGAGAGAGAGAGAGAGAGAGAGAGAGAGAGAGAGAGAGAGAGAGAGAGAGAGAGAGAGAGAAUAGAAAUAAAUAAAUAACCUCAAAGAAAUCCACUUCGCAGCCUCAGCUCAGAAACUUUAGCCCCUAGUGCAAGAGCCGGUGUCCUUAGCUCUUCUAGGGCUGGGGGGGUGGUGAACAGGCUUCCCACCCCUCCUCCUCUUCCCCCCCCCACCUCCACAACACCGGUUUCCAGCUCUGCCUCCCCACCUCUGCCCCGACAACUUCUGGCGGAGGGGGACCAAGGGAGACUUGGGUCGGGUUUGUUUAACUUCCUUACCACCCCCGCCCCCACCUCAUCCCCCCCCCCCGUUUCCCAGCUUCUGGACGCGUUUGACUGCAGCCGGGGGGGCGGGGUGGGGGUAGGGAGUGUGUGGGGGUGGAGGGGGGAGAGAUUUUUUUUUUUAAAGGAGAAAGGGAGAGAGACGGGAAGAAAGAGCUCACAGUGGGGGAAAAGAGAGAAGACAGGAAGGAUUUCUGAGGACUCCGGACCUGUCCCUGGCGUGCCCAGAAUGGCGGCUCUCCCAGGCACAGUACCGAGAAUGAUGAGACCCGCUCCGGGACAGAACUACCCUCGGACUGGCUUUCCCUUGGAAGUGUCCACCCCACUGGGACAAGGGCGGGUGAAUCAGCUUGGCGGGGUCUUCAUCAACGGCAGACCCCUGCCCAACCACAUCCGCCACAAGAUCGUGGAGAUGGCCCACCACGGCAUCCGGCCCUGCGUCAUCUCUCGACAGCUCCGUGUCUCCCAUGGCUGUGUCUCCAAAAUCCUAUGCCGCUACCAGGAGACGGGCUCCAUCCGGCCUGGGGCCAUCGGGGGCAGCAAACCCAGGCAGGUAGCCACUCCAGAUGUGGAGAAGAAAAUCGAGGAAUACAAAAGAGAAAACCCUGGGAUGUUUAGCUGGGAAAUUCGUGAUCGGCUGCUCAAGGAUGGACACUGUGACCGGAGCACGGUUCCCUCAGGUUUAGUGAGUUCGAUUAGCCGCGUGCUCAGAAUCAAAUUCGGGAAGAAAGAGGAAGAGGAUGAGUGCGACAAGAAGGAGGAGGACGGCGAAAAGAAGGCGAAACACAGCAUUGACGGCAUUCUGGGCGACAAAGGAAACCGACUGGAUGAAGGAUCUGAUGUGGAGUCCGAGCCUGACCUCCCACUAAAGCGGAAGCAACGCCGCAGCCGGACCACCUUCACGGCCGAGCAGCUGGAGGAGCUGGAGAAGGCUUUUGAGAGAACCCACUACCCUGACAUCUACACCCGGGAGGAGCUGGCCCAAAGGACCAAGCUGACCGAGGCCCGGGUCCAGGUGUGGUUCAGUAACCGCAGAGCCCGAUGGCGUAAGCAGGCAGGAGCCAAUCAACUUGCAGCAUUCAACCACCUUCUCCCGGGAGGCUUCCCGCCCACAGGCAUGCCCACGAUCCCGCCGUAUCAACUGCCGGACUCCACCUACCCCAGUACUACCAUUUCCCAAGAUGGGGGAAGCACUGUGCACCGGCCCCAGCCCCUCCCACCAUCCACCAUGCACCAGGGUGGACUGGCUGCUGCUGCUGCAGCCGCUGACACCAGCUCUGCCUAUGGGGCCCGCCACAGCUUUUCCAGCUACUCUGACAGCUUCAUGAACCCAGCGGCCCCCACCAACCACAUGAAUGCAGUCAGCAGUGGGCUAUCUCCCCAGGUGAUGAGUAUCCUGAGCAACCCAAGUGGGGUACCCCCCCAACCCCAGGCUGACUUCUCCAUCUCUCCACUGCAUGGAGGUCUGGACACGGCCAACUCCAUCUCAGCCAGUUGCAGCCAGCGCAGUGACUCUAUCAAGUCUGUGGAUAGCCUCCCCACUUCGCAGUCCUACUGCCCCCCUACCUACAGCACCACUGGCUACAGUGUGGAUCCUGUGGCUGGCUACCAGUAUGGCCAGUAUGGACAGACUGCCGUUGACUAUCUGGCAAAGAAUGUGAGCCUGUCCACACAGCGUCGGAUGAAGUUGGGCGAGCACUCAGCUGUGCUGGGGCUUCUGCCUGUGGAAACGGGUCAAGCGUACUAAGGCCUAAAGGCCCCCUACCUAGACCCUUGACUCCUGUAUCCCCGCUAUCCCCUCAGCCUACCCUAUACUCAUCCCUAUGCUUCCCUGACCCCAAGUCCAGGCCAUCUCCCUAGACCCAUCAGUGCAUCCUCUGAGGAAGUGGGACCAAUUAUCCCCAGUCCCUUCCCAUGCCACCACCCUCUGGCAAAAAUCUGUAACCAUAGACUAUGAGGGAUGCAAUUGCAGUCCCUCUGCCAGCAUCUCCCUCUGCCCUCCAAACCCAAUCCUAAUCCCAGCUGGAUUACUGGACUGAUUUAACCCCCUGCCCCCACCCUAAAUCUUGCUUUAAGCAAUGGGUAGAACCCAAGCUGAAUUAUGACUUCUAUAAGAUAUCUCUCUUACUCAAGGCCCUUCCCUUUACUUCAAAUAUAUAAACUUUAUAAAUGCUUCCCAUCAUAGGGGGUGCAGCAGGCAAGACAGUUCCAAAGGGAUAGGAUCCUGGAGCCCUUGGUGCAAUGGAAAAAGCACUAAAUUUGGAGUCAGGGUACCUGGGUUCAAAUCCUGACACUACCACUUAGGCUCUAUGUGACUUUGGUUAGGAUAUUUCUACUCUCUGAGUCCCAGUUUCGUGAUCUGGAAAAUGAGGAGCUGAGACUAGAUGGCCUUUAGGGUCCCCUUCUAGCUCCAAGUCCCAUGAACCUUUGGACCCCACAUGAGAGUAAGGGGGAAGCAAGUUAACUGUCCCCAUGCUGGCGCCUUGCCAUAGAGAUAAUGUUUGACCAGUAGGGACUUGGGAGUGAGAGGAGAGGACACCCAAACCCCAACUGUACAUGCUGCUCUCUCUUCCCAAAGCUGCUGACUUGUAUGGAUGAGUGUGACCAAAAUCCGAGUGCUUUAACCCUUCCUUGUAAGGGUUAAGUUAGACCUUCCUAAUAAGUCCUUGGCAGAGAUGCUAGGAUGAGCUGAGCUGCCCAGCUCAGGAAGAAGGGCUGAGCUGCUUAUGGCUGAUAUAUGGUGCUGGAGAAUGACCUAGGCAAGGACAGAUGGUGGGGAGGCCAAGGAGAGAUUUUGAGCUUAAAGAAAAUAGUUUUUGGAAACUUCAGUGGGCUGGCAUCACUGGCUCUCAUUGUACCGCAAGGACAGAUGAGGCAGGGUCUGCCGUACCAGAAAGAGGACCACUCAGAAAGUUAAAGGCACUUAGGAGAGUAGGACCUUACUCAAGUCACUGAUUCUUGGAGAUACUGCCUCUGGAAAUGAUAAGUGGGAGGUUAAGGGCUCUGGAUUGAGCCUCUGAGCUCCAAGUUCUUUCCUUGCCCAAAGCUGGUUUGCUGAUUUCCAUGGGACAUCAUUAGAAACCAAGAACACUUUUGUACCUCCAGCAAAGGGGGAUACUGCUUUCUUCAGGCCAGACUGGACUUGAUUGAUCAAGGAUGAUGAGCCUAGGUGAAAAGAAAUACAAGAGGCCAAGAAAGGAACUCUGGGUUGUAGACUUCUCCUCCUUCCUGUGGGGAUGGGGCAGGGGAGUGAGGAGGGAAAGGGCAGAUGAAAAAAUACUAAGAUCUUUGUUACCCUUGAAUCUGCCUCAAGAGUCCAGUGGUCUUACUCGAGGUCAUGCCUGGAGCUUAAACUCUGGUCCUCAGCAGACUUCCCAAUUCCAUUUCUGUAGGCGCCUUCGCUUUCCCCCAUCAACAUCCCUCCUUCCUUUGAUCCCUUGAAUCCUGGUUCCAAUCAAAAGCUGCCUUACCUAUGGGGUUUGCCCUCCUGGGGGAGCUUAACAGGCAUGAAUGGGGGUUCUGCCAUGAUUAAAAAUCCCUACAAAAGGGAUUUUUUGAAAUUAACUAACUCCUCAGCAGUCAUGCCAAUCCCUUUCCUUUCCCGAAGAGAAGAUUCGGAAGUGGCAGCUUCAGUGGAAAGAAAGUGGAGAGCCCAUAGGGCCACCAUUCAAACAUAGGACAUCUCUGCCCAGCGUACCCCUCAGGUACCUUCAUCAGGUUCAACAUGGCCAGAGCUAUGGUUUGAGAGUGUCAGCGCUAGAUUUCAGCAAGGUUAACAUUAACGACAAAGGAGUCUCCUGGCCUCCAAGAAUGAGGGAGACGUUGACUUUUUCCUGCCUUCCAGGGUCUUCUAAGAGUUCUCCCCAAACCCUGUUCCUUUUCAAGUUGAAACCUUUUGGGGGGAGGUUUCAGGCUCUUGGCUUCAGUUGGAUCUUUCUGGCAUCACCACCACCUGCAUUCUCAUUUUUAGAUUUCGUCUUUUCCACCGUCAUAAUCUUCACAAUGGUAUAGCAGACUUGGACUUAGAAAUUUGAGCUCCAGACUUGGACCUGGAGCAAAUCAUUCAUCCUCUCCAAGACUGAAACUCGGAGCCCUUGAACUGCUCUCGAGUUCGGUUUCUUCAUCUGUAGAAAGAGAGGGUUGGACAAAAUGACCCCUAAGGGCCCUCCUAACUCUCCAUCAGAUCCUAAAAUCCCCAUCUGUAAAAUGGGAAUAGUAACUAACAUUUGUUCUACCUACCUCACAGGGAUGUUGUGAGGAAAGCGCUUUGUAAACUGUAAAGUGCCAUAGUCAUGUAACUUAUUUUGUCAUCGCUUUUACCAUCAUUUCAUCUUCAUUAUCAAGUUGCCUGGAGGGCCUCAUCAUGGCGUCCAGAAGGAUUGGGCUCAGGUUGUCUUGUCUUAGCCUCGGGUAGCCAUCAGGAUGAUGAGAAGCUUCCUGGGCCUCUCUUCUCUAGACUCCUUUCUCUUCCUCCUCAUCCAGUGAGAAGUUCCCAGAGAGAACAGCCAUAGGACUAGAAGAUCCUGCUGAAACAUAGGCUCCAGGCCAUUCCUGGGAAGUUGGAGGAAAGCAAUGAAGGGCACUCCUGUGAAUAUUUCCUCCAUGAUGAAUGGGAAUUGACUUCCUGACUUCAGCCUUGGAGCCAAGGACUGGGAACCUGACCUAGGAGUAUCACCAGGAUGACUGGAUACAGUCAGUUAAAUCACUCCAUUGAGGGUCAGAUAUCACAAUGAGACUCUAGGCCUGGAAGAGGUCCAACCCUUGACAUCCCCAAUGAUGUCUUUUUCCUUCGAACCCUUGGGAGAAGAAGCUGCCACAUCUCCCCUUGGCAACUCACUCCAGGAUUUAAUAGCUGUCACAACCAGAAGGUCCUUCCAUAGGCCUGACUUCAGUCUUCAGAGACAUUUCCUGAACAAGCAUUCCUUCCAAUGGAGGUUGUAUUCCACUGAUGGCUUGGGUUCCAUUUACAGAGACCACUUCUGACCUGUUCUGUUAUUGUGUGUUUUCUCAGAAAUGUGGUAGCUGAAGCUUCCCAGCUCAAGCCUUCAGGAGAUAACAUUCCAUGACCAGGACUGAUUCUUGUCCCCACAAAACCUCUUCCCCAAACCCUGCAACAGAAUGCCCGAUACCUAAAGCAUCUCUGGACUCCAGACAAAGCAUUUUUCAGUGGACUCGAUUUUCCCAGAACUCCCCAGAUCUACUCUCAUGGGGACAACAGACAUAUCCCCAGAGGCCCUUUCCUUUUGACUCCCAUCUGGCUUUUCACCAUGCCCUGUAUAUGUGUGUCUGUUUGGAAGGGUGAAGGGAGGAUGUGGGGAUCCAGUUCUCCCUUCCAUGUAGAGCAGCCCCUCUCAUUAGUGGGCAGCCUUCUCACCAGAGAGGAUGAGAGGCAAGAGGCCUCCAAAGAUCGGAGACAAACUAUCGAGCAGGUUCAUCUAAGUCGUAUUGUGAAGGCACGCAUUCCAGGUGGUUUGGAAAACCCCAAAGGCCACCCUUUCCAGCUAUCACUGUAAAUAGAGUCCUUAGAGAAAUAAGAAACUACCCCUGUCUGAUCGCAACUAGCUAUUUACCCUUCCUCAGAGAUCGCCCCUCUGAGACUCAUUGUACAUUAGCUCGAAACUUGGUGAUGUGCUGUUUGUUUAUAGGAGUUGACUUUUUUGUUGUUGUUUUGUUUUUGUUUGUUUUGAUACUGAAAAGACCACCCUCCCCCAGCCAACCCCAUCCCACAGUGAGUGAUGUGAUAGUACCACGGGGCCACCUGUAGAGAUCUGCAUAUUGUGUGUUUGAAAAGCUACAUUCCAGGAUCCGUUGGGAUUAUAUUGUCUUUGUCCUGUUCCCUUCCUCUGAUUUUCCUCCCUUGCUACAAAAAAAAAGAAAGAAAGAAAAAGAGACAUUCACGUGUGAAGAACUGAGAACCAGGCACUGUUUGCUUGUUUUAAAAAAUGAAAAUGCCCAUUUGUUAUUCCCCAUUCUCCUCUUCCCUCACCAGAGGAACGUAGUAGGGCCAGAGGAAAUGAGGAGACAGAGGUGGGGGCAGGGGGACAGGGGGGAACAAGAGAGGUGCAGAGAGAUUUGGCCAGAAGAAAAAAUGAGAUCUGCUUGGGGCUGAGUGGUGGGUCCAAGAUUGGACAGGAUCUAGAGAGCAGACAUCCAGUCUGACUUCAUCACCAGGAGCCAAUCUCAUCUUUGACAAGAUGGGCCACUUGUUCUGACUCUUGGACACCUGCCAUGUCCCCCAAGGAUCUCAAAUAUCAUGUUGUCACAACUCAAGGACACUCUCUGGGCCUUCUUUCUUAGGAUGAUGCUCUCUCUUACCCCCACAGUUGGACAUUCUGGGAAUCAGAUAUAUCUUCUCUCCACCCACCUAUAGGGGUGCCAAACCAAGACCAAAUUGAGGGGGAGGGGGACUCUAGCCACCUCCUUUAAACAGUGGCACCUCGCUGCUCAGAGACCUUUGUGUAUUUAAUGCUUCUAACACAGCCACCUCCCCUACCCAGGACAUAUCUGCUAGUGAUAGAGAACAUUCCUUCUUGCUAGUAUCUGCAAAUUCAUUUGCUUCUGUGUUUGAGUCAUAACCAUUUCCCUACAUGUGAGAGCGAGUACGUGUGUGCACGUGUGCGCAGGAGGCGUGCAGAAAGUGUGUACGGGCGAGCGUGUGUUUAAAUAUAAUCGCACCAUAAUUUAUUCAGCUAUAUGGAGUAGUAGACUAGUAAGAGAAGCUGCCCGUUGCUUUCCUACCUGCUGCCUGUAGGUGUUUCCUGUAACUCAGGCAUAACUGUUAUACAUUAAAAAAAAAAUAAAUUAAAAGCCACUUUGAA